AUGAGGCGUGAAGCCAAUCAGGCCACAAGAGCAGCUAAAGCAGCCUCGCCUUUCGAAAACCCAAUUGGCUUAAAGAUCCGGGUAAAAGCCCUACAUUCAGAUGGCUAUAACCUUAGAGGAGGCUUCUUUAAAGCCGAAAAAACAACUUCACUUGGUGGCCUAGAUCUUCCUCUUAUUCCUUGGAACACGCUACGAUCAAUCUCAAAGGAUUACUUUACUUCUAAUUACCUUAGCAACCUCUGGAAAGAUUCAAACGCGACCGAUCGACCAAAUAUAGUAUUUGGGGUCUCUUUUGAGAGAAUUGGCAAAUCAGAGACAGGGACCUUUAUCUCUGUUGCCUUUGAACGCGAGCCUUUCGAAUCAAUAGCCGAUAUUUUCAAUACUGACGCUAAUUACACUUGGGCUAUUGAAGAUGGAAGAGUUGUUCUCUGGAUUGAUAUCCGAUUUACAGGGGAUCAGCCAAAACCACAGCCAAAGAAGCCUCGGGUCAGAUCUAAAGGAAGAAGCCGACCAACGACUUCAAACAUAUCGGUCGGCGACUCUAUAGAAGUGGCACCUCAAUCAGCACUAGCAGACCAUAUAGAAGAGGUCAAAGGAGAGUUGGCUCGUGAGGUUAUUAGUCUCGAAGCAUUUCCGCCGGCAGAAGCCGCUGAGAGCGACUCAGAGGCUCACCAAGGAGAUCAGGAAGAAGAAGCACAGUUAGAAUACGACGCACCUCAGACAGAUUCAGCAGACAAGGGCCCUCAGGAAGCUCUACAGGAAGAAGAAACCCAUCAGAAUCACCAGCCCGCAAGGAAACGGUCACGGGGUCCGACAUUAGAUAGCGAUGAUGAGCCUUUAAUUCCUCGAUUGAGUCGCUACGGUCGCGCAACGCGGGCAACCGCUAAAGCACGAUCAUCGCAAUCGUAA